AUGGCGCCCGCACAGCCCGAGCUGAAGAAGUACCUUGACAAGAGACUGUUUGUCCAGCUCAACGGCAGCCGCAAGGUCAUCGGUGUUCUCCGCGGUUACGAUGUUUUCCUGAACAUUGUGCUGGACGAGGCUGUUGAGGAGAAGGAGGGCGGCGAGAAGGUUCGGAUAGGCAUGGUGCAACAGGUCAUCCGCGGCAACUCCGUUGUCAUGCUGGAGGCUCUGGAGAGAAUCGGCGGUGACGAUCGCAACCACCAGCGGUAA